AUUUAUGUACUUUGGCUUCUGAUCCCAUGUUCUUCACCUUCCUUGUUCCUUCUUCUCUCCUUAUUUUAGAUUUUCCUCUCAUGUUGUAAUAUUUUUCAUUCUAUUUGCGUGUACAUAUAUUCAGCUAGGCAGACACUGCGCCGCCGUUAAGACUAUAAAAGAUAAAAACUAUUGUACAAGAAAACAAAGCUUGUUUUGUGUUGUUGGUUUCUUCGAGACUCUGUUCUUUUGUCUUAAAUCAUCUGUUUCCAUUGUUCCAAGAGAACAGUAGCUUUGUCUCUCCAUAUUGGGGUCUUAUCUGAAAUGGGUAAUUGCUUAGGUUCAUCAGCUAAAGUGGAUAGCAACCAUAGCUCCCAUGCUAAUUCCGCUGCUUCAUCCACUAAAGUUUCGAGCAAGACAAGCCGUUCAACGGCACCUUCAGGACUAAGCACAGCUUCUUACAGCACAGAUAGUAGUUUAGGACCAUUACCAGCACUUAGGACAGAAGGAGAGAUACUUUCAUCGCCAAACCUAAAAGCUUUUACUUUUAACGAGCUGAAGAACGCAACUAAGAACUUUCGUCCUGAUAGUGUACUUGGGGAAGGAGGUUUUGGUUGUGUAUUCAAAGGAUGGAUUGAUCAAUCAACUCUCACUGCUUCACGACCUGGUUCUGGAAUCGUUGUUGCUGUUAAGAAGCUUAAGCCUGAAGGCUUUCAAGGUCAUAAAGAGUGGUUGACUGAAGUAAACUAUCUUGGUCAACUUAGUCACCCUAAUCUUGUAUUACUAAUUGGGUAUUGCGCUGAAGGCUAG